GCUACGCUAAAAAUCUCGUAAACAAACAAAAAAAGCAGAAUUUGUACACACGAGUCUAAUCUCUUGUGCUUGAUUUUUCGUUAAUUCCCAAAGUUAAAACGCGUCGUCAUAGAAACUUAGAAUCUUUGUAUAGGGGGAGAGGGCCUUGAAAAUAAUCUUCCAAGUUGGUAAGAAAAAUCACCUCCGUCAUAAACCCACGCUACCCACAAUAUAUCCAAUGUUUGUUUCCAAGCUGGUAACAAAAGGGAUCUUAAAGUUUAGUGGAUUGUUACUGUGACUACGAUUAAGGCGCGGACCGGUACUGCUUAUUAAUUGUCGUGCAUCUUCCACUUGCUCGACGAAGAACUGUAAAUGUGCCGUUUUGGUGUCUCUGUAAAACCAACAGCACUUCAACAAGACUUAUGAACGCUUUUCGCUACAAAACGUUCCUAGUAAUUGCGAGAAUUUUAAUGGCAUAUUUUUCUCCUGGCGAAAGYCAAGAGAAUGAUUCGAGGGAGAUGUGCUCUUCUACAGAGUGUAGCUGUUUUUCAGAAAGUUCUAAAGGACAACAUUAUGAAAUUGCUGCAAGUUGCAAGCUACAAAGCAUUGGGGAUUUAAAAAACGUCAUUCAGGAGCCACGAAAUGUUACGACUUUAUCUCUUAAAGUCGAUGCCUUUUACACAAUUCCACCCUUAAAAUUUGUGGAUUUUACAAAUCUUGUCAAUCUGACGUUAUCAGACAACAGAGUGGCUGUAAUUACUAAAAACGCCUUYCAAGGCUUAAACCGUCUUCAAUUCCUAAAUCUGAGCGGAAACAAAAUAAGGUUUUGGGAAGGAGAAGGCUUAUCCUCACAGCUCCCCUUACUACGAAGAAUCGAGAUGGCUGGAAAUCCAAGAUGGACGCCAACAGACGAGCUUCUAAGAAUCCAAGGACUACAGGAGCUAAAAGGAAUAACAUGGAGUGACGAAUGUGCUGAAUGUAGUCUAGUAAAGAACGAAAGCAGCCCUUUGACAAARCUAUACAGUCAAGGCAGUUACAGUGAUUAUAUCGUAUGGCACUGCAGAGGAACGGAGUACACUGUUUCCAAGAAGACACGAAAUUUUGCACGGUUUCAAUUCCUUCCCGAGUGCUUUGACUAUAAUGAAAAAUGCUACCAGGCCGAGGUCAAAGCGACAAUGAACCACCGUUGCUGGGAUACGGAUAAUAGAAUACUUUACAUUGAAUACGUCCUUGGCAUUAUCGUCAUAGUACUGAACGUUACCGUGGUAACGGUAACCCUGACGAGCUCCCUUAAAACCAACGUUGCUAUGCUACUGGUGUCAAACUUGGCUGUGAGUGAUUUUUUAAAUGGUGUUUACAGCAUCUCGAUCACACUUGCAAGACAGAGUGCACCGUAUACUGAGUUUGUGACGUUUUUGGAUCGUCUGUGUCCUGUACUGGGAUUCCUGUGGGUUUUGGGCCAGUUCAGCACCAUACAGACUUCUUUACUACUAACAAUUGAACGAUAUACAACGAUAGUGUUCUCAAUGAGACCACACUUGAAGCCRACACCUGGYGUAGCAUUUAUUGGUAUAGCCUUUUCAUGGGUGAUAGCACUUGUAGCUGCAAUACUACCCCUGGUAGGGUUGGGGUCCUACGUUACCAACACGUACUGUGUUCCAAUGCAACCCUCAAAAGAGGUCCCCAGCACCUUUCUCUACAGUCUUGGCAUGUCCCUGCUUGGAGUUAUCCUUUAUUUCACUACCAUUCCACUCUACGUACGAAUCUUCGCCUUCGUUCGCAAAUCAAGCCAUCAAGUUGGAAUCAAGCGCGAUGGAAAGAUCGCUCGUCGCAUCUCCAUUCUUGUUCUCAGCAACAUGAUCUUUUUCUUAACGCCGAUUAUUAUCGCAUUAUUAUGGCUAUUGACUGACAUCUUCAAGAAAAAUAUCUCGGUGCAAGCGCGCAAUAUUUUAGUGGGUGUUUUCCCAACGGUUUGCUUCAGCCUUAACAGUUUUCUGAAUCCACUUUUGUACGCUUUUAGAAAUAACCGCUUCAGACAUGCUCUACUUAUAAAGUUGAGGAAGAUCGUGAUAACGCCGAAUUCUUCUGUUGGGGACAUUUCGAUGAAGUCGAGGACAGAAAGCAAGAUGAACAAUUGACGAUACGCGACAUGACAAAAUUGCCAGCGAAAUCAUUGUAGUCGCAUACGAGUUUUCUGUUUAAUAAGAUAGUUAUUAUCUACCUUGCAAUUAUGAAUCAGUUUUCAUAAGAGAAGGAUGGUAUUAACUUAUGCGCAGUAAUAAUACUGCUUUGUACAGCUAGUUUUCUUAAGUAUUAUUUCAUUCUUUAAUGGCAUUAGAUGAACUGCUACUGAUCAGGGGGUUGGGGUCUGAUCCGUUGCCAUGGAUACCUAUAUGGGUGGGGCUUUCUCGCUUGCUGAUUUGAAAAUGCGCCUAGAACGCCAUGCAAAGCUACUCAAAACUGCUGCCCACUAWACUAAGUUCCCUGUAUUGCUUAUUGCAGCAGACCCCUUCGGCGUAUCAAGGUUUCCCAUCUCACACCACUUAUCAUUGACAAUGACACGUGGUCUGAAAUGGGAUAACAUUAAGCCCAGAUUAAAUUGGUUUAUUCCUUAAUAGAUUUAUACUUAUAUAACGCAUAUUUAAUGUAAAUAUGUUGAAAAAAAAAAAGAAAAGAAAUAAAAUUAUGCGGGUGUAUUUGACGUCAUAGCCGCCAUAUUUGGUCUUGGCCGUUUUCGUUACAUCAACCAACAUGGUGGCCAUGUCUUUUUCCCCUAGAUAUUUUGAAGGGGCUAACCUGGUUAAAUAAAGGAGUUAUUUAUCUUAUCAUAUAUAAAUCCUGAAAUUGCAUUUGAAAGUGAUCGAUGUACACUUAAAAAACUGGAUUUGAUAUUCAAGUUAAAACCCUCUUGAAGAAACAUCUUGAAAACAUGCCGUCAUGUAAUCAAACCAAUAAAGCACUAUUUUUCUAA